UAUCAGAAAGGGGCUCUUUUUAGGGAAGGAUAUCCAUAAUUGCGACAAGAUUUCUAUCAGAUCGAAGAACAAGACCAGAACUGGUGAGUCCCUUCCAGCAGUUUCCAUGUUCAAUUUCAUAUUCAAAUCUUUACCUUAUUUGAGGGGUGUUUUUGUAUCAACUUCACCAACCAAGAAACUGCAUUUUCUUCAACACUAUCCAUUAUCUUCUUCAUCAUCAGCACUCAAAUCCGUAUCUAGCACUCCAAAUCUACACUCAUUCACAGUCGACUACCUCAUAAAAUCAUGUGGGUUUCCUCCAGAAAAGGCUCUCUCGGCCUCCAAGUACACGAACUUCGAAACUCCAGACAAACCAGACUCUGUUCUCACACUCUUCAGAAACCAUGGAUUCACCGAUACCCAGAUCUCAGUUCUCAUCAGAAAACUCCCUCGGCUCCUCUUGUCUGAUCCCGAGAAUACUCUUUUACCCAAAAUGGAAUUUUUCCACUCUAAAGGUUUUUCAACCCAAGACAUUGCCAAAAUACUGUCUGCAGCACCAGGUGUUUUGAGAAGAAGUUUGGAAAACCAAAUCAUCCCAACGUACAAUUUUUUCAAGGCAUUGCUGAAGACCGAAGAAAAAACGAAUGUCGUUAUUAAACACUUUCCUGGGAUUUUGUUGUAUGAUGAUCUUCACAUAUGUGUAGUAUCCAAUAUUGAAACUCUGAGAGAAAUAGGUAUGCCCGAAUCGAUUAUUGUGAGUUUCUUCACAAAUCAACCUCAAGCUUUCACGCCUAAUGCUGAUAGGUUUAAGGAGAUUGUGGAGGAAGUAAAGAAAAUGGGUUUUAACCCUACAAAAACGAUGUUUGGUGCUGCAAUUAAUGCACUGAGGGCAAUGAGUAAAUCAACUUGGGAAAAGAAGGUGGAGGUUUAUAAGAAGUGGGGUUUGUCUGAGGAUCAGAUUUUGGUGGCUUUCAGGAAGUAUCCAAUGUUUAUGGUGGCAUCAGAGGAUAAGAUUACGGGAAUAAUAGAUUUUUUUGUCAAUAAAAUGGGUUGGGAAUCUUCGAUUGUUGCGAGGAGGCCAGUGCUUCUUGGCCUGAGCUUGGAGAGGAGGAUCAUUCCAAGGUGUUUGGUUUAUCAAAUUAUGUUGUCGAAAGGUUUGAUUAAGAAGGAUUUUGGCUUGAUGAUGCGGAUGUUGGAGUCUCCUGAGAGUUGCUUCCGAAAGAAGUAUGUGAAAAAAUAUGAGGAAGAAGCUCAUGAGCUAUUGAAGUUAUAUCAGGAGAUGUUGCCUUGAUUCCAACUAUACAUUGGUUUCUCCUUGUGUACUCUUGGUUAGUGAAUAUGCUUUUGUUUGAAAUACAGCAUGGCAAUCAAUUCACAUUCAUUAUUCUCUGUGCAAAUUUGAGUUCUCUGUUUUUGUUCUGGCAAUUGAAACUUGAAGCUCAACAACAUGGUGCAUCUAAUCCCGGCAAUUGAAACUUAUGUAGUGGUAAGGCUUUGUUUGAUUAUACGGUUGUCUGGUUGUUUGGGAGAGCAGUGUAGGCGAUCUUGGUUUUGUUUGUCAUACUGUUUUGGAACUAGUUCAAUUUGGUAAAUUAAUGAUUUUGAUUUUCAAUUGUAAUGAUGCAAACCUCUAACUCAGUGUCGUACCUCUUUAUCCAUCAACUGUUAUCUUCCUCUUUCAUUUUAAUUUGGUUCAAUUCAUGAUUGAGUCCAUCUACCAUCUUCCUCCCAGUCUGUAUUUAUAACUUUCUUUAAGUUUGGUAACGAUGUUCAAUUUGUCCAGGAUGAAUUCAGGUUUACACUCUUUUCUUUUGCUCGUUGGUGUUGAUAAAUUUGAAGUGUAAAGGAACAUAAAAUAUUAUGCAUAUACUACCAAUAAUAAACAGUCAAAGAAAUCAUUUUGAGUGUAUUCAGGAGACAUGCUGAUCAAUAAUUUGAGGGCUUUUAUUUUGUUGACUGAGGACUUACAUUAUAAGACAUUGCAGUACCUUGCAGAUGACAAAUAAUAUAUAUUAUUGAAUGCUAAUAUAUAUUCUGUAUGGUUGUGUGUGUGUAUUGCUGCUAUUUCAGCAGCCAAUAUUGGUAGAGGAAACAGCAAUUCGUUACACACACAUAAGUUCUAUAGAGGCUAACAAUUCAUUCUCAUAAUUAAUACAUAAUGCUCUCAAUUUUAGCAGGAACAUGACUAUUAUUGUAGAAAAUGAAUUAAGAUCAUUGUGGAAGAUAGUUAGGACAAAUUAUGAACUACCCAGAAACAACUUAUGGGUAUAAUUAGGACAAGUUAUAUAGAGGCUAAAAAUUCCACUUACCUUGCCCCAGUUCCUAAUCCCUCAAGAAUGAAAGAUUUUCUACCUAUUGCCUGUUGUAAUACUAUUUAUAAGGUCAUUUCUAAACUUACUAGCUAUGAAAUUUCAGUCUAUUCUUUCCAGUUAUUGUUCAGAAUAAAACACAGAAGAAUCGGGAAUGGCAUUUUUUUUUUUGUCAAUUUAUGAAGGGCUAUCAUCUCUCAUCCCAAAGUGUGGCCUGAAAGCGGAUCUGCAGAGAGCAUAUGAUCCAGGUAACUACAGUUUCUUCUUGACAGCUUAUUACUCCUUGGCUGCCCUGUUCUUUUUCUUAAUUAGAUUGAGGCUUGUGUUACCAGCCCAUCAUUCCCUAUCUCUGUUAAUGGAGAAUUGUUUGGGUACUUCAAAACGACCAAAGGGUUGAGGAAAGGGGACCCCAUCUCUCCUUUCCAAUAAGCAACAAGGGUAUUGACAGUGCCCCCUCUUCCAAUUCCAUUGGAAAUGCAGGAAAAUAGAGUUAUUCCUGCUAAUUGCCUAAUGUUGUUUUGUCAUGGUGACCUGUUUUCCAUCUAGAUUGAAAGAAAAUGAGUGCAGAUCAUUGGUGGAGAGAAAAUAACUGCUAGAGUAAAUUAUUGGACUGCAAGGUUCGAGGGAGGUUCCUUUGGACUGGUGUUGAUUUAAAGGUAAUAGGAGCCAAAGUGUAUUGGAAUUCAGACUUCAACUUGCCUAGCUAUAAAGCUGCUGCUUCAUCUUAAUUUAUGACUCUUAAUUUCAUUAAUUAUUCAAUCUUUUGUUAUUGCUUUAAUUUUAGCCUGUUUAAUUAACUCAAAUUUCACUCUCUCUCUCUCUCUCUCUUUGUUGUGUUGUCUCCCUAAUUAAUUAUAUGAGUUUCUUUCAAUUUCUCUGUAAAUAUGUGUUGAACAUGUGCUUAAAUUAGUGUAUUAGUAAUAUUUUUAUUUUCCUUCUGCUUCUGCAGUAAAAUUUCCCUCAUUUCUUCAUACCCCAUUUGGAUGUUUAUCAAGUAGUAGUUGAAUAUUUAGUUGUUUUCAUUUAAUCCAAACUCGUAUAUGGGUUUUGUCUCUAUCUGAAUUGCUUUUGUUUGUUUCUUGCGGCGAAACUAAACAUUUUAUAAAUGACUUUUCUUGCAAGAUUUUUCUACGUGUCAUUAUAAUUGUUUUUAGUAACGCUAUGUCUUUUUCACACUAAUCAAGUCCAUGUAUCAUAUUUCUCAAAAUUUUGUACAAUUAUUAGAUUCAACAUGUUUUGGUAUUCUAUACUACGUAUGUAUUACCCUCUCUGCCAUUUAAGCCAAAAAAAUAAUUAAAAAAGAAAAAAAAAAAAAAAAAAAAACAA